AUGGAGUCCUCGGGCGACAAGCCUGUCACCAGCAAGCCUCAGUCACCCCCGGAUGAGGACUAUGAGACUUUGAAAUAUCAACUCCUCGGCCCUUCUCUGACCAAAGCGGGUCAAGAUUCGGUUGACCAGCAAAAGGUGUCAGAAAUUAUCUACAAUGCCUCCAAGGGCUCUAAAUUCUUUAAUCAUGAACAAGAUCGAGAUCGAAAUCUCACAAUCAAGAUUGAACGCAUUUUGAAAGAAAAGGCUCGGCUUGAAAAAUUAGAUCUUAGCCAUGAGUUACGACGAGCCGAUGAAUAUCUUGCCGAGCUGGAGAUAAGUCGAGACCUCUCGCAGCACGUCAUACAUGUGGACUGUGAUGCGUUCUUUGCCGCUGUCGAGGAGCUGGACCGACCAGAAUUGAAGACUGUACCUAUGGCAGUUGGUAAAGGUGUGCUAACAACCUGCAAUUACUUGGCAAGAAAAUUUGGAGUUCGAAGUGGCAUGGCUUCAUUUGUUGCGAAGAAACUUUGCCCGCAACUAGUUCUUCUACCACAGAACUAUGAAAAAUACACAGAGAAAGCGAAGGAAAUUCGCGCUAUUAUGGCAGAAUACGACCCUUUAUUCGAGAGUGCGAGCAUUGAUGAAGCCUAUCUGAACAUCACCGCAUACUGCGAUGAAAACCAGCUAGAUCCCGAAGAGGUUGUCCAGCGGAUGCGUGCAGAGAUCUUAGAGACCACUAAAAUUUCCGUAUCCGCCGGAAUUGCUGCCAAUGCCAAAAUCGCAAAGAUUUGUUCCAAUAUAAACAAGCCUAAUGGUCAAUUUCGGGUCCCAAAUGAACGCCAGGCCAUCAUGGGAUUCAUGCGUGAACUCCCAGUGCGCAAAGUCAAUGGGGUUGGUCGAGUCUUCGAGCGAGAGCUGGAAUCAAUAGGCGUGAGAAAGUGCGGUGAUAUUUUCCCACAUCGCGCUCUGUUGACCAAACUUUUUGGCGAAAAGGCCUUCCAAUUCCUGGCACAGUGUUACCUUGGUUUAGGACGCACAAAGAUUGAACCGGUUGAAACCCACGAGCGCAAAAGUGUGAGCACAGAGACCACCUUCCAUGCGAUUGGCGACAAGGAGGAGCUUCGAGCCAAGCUUUGGUGGGCCGCACAGGAGCUUGAAAAAGAUCUCUCUCGGACUCAGUUCAAAGGGCGCACACUUGCCUUGAAAGUGAAACUUCAUACAUUUGAAGUGCUAACCCGCCAGACAGCCCCAUCGCGUGCGGUCUGUCUAGCGAAAGAUUUGUAUUCAUUUGCCCUUCCUCUGUUGACAAAGCUCGAGAAAGAUAUUCCUGGACUCAAAUUACGUCUACUUGGUCUGCGGUGCUCGAAUUUGGUCAGCACCAAGAAAGCUGGAUUGAAUUUCUUCGGCGUUGCUCCACCCGCCAACACCGCUUCUGCGUCCACUCCUGUGUCGAAUGCUGGCGGAAAUACAGACCAUGAGAUUGACGCCGAGGAGGCUUUCGAGACAGCCGCUCGCCAGGAAGUUCAAGAUGAAAUGAAUGAUCUGGAAAUGCUGAGCCAAGACACCCCCAAUGUAUCUUCCCCUCGCGAGUCAGAGGAGCCGGUUGUUCCAACGACAGUUGAAGAACCACCUUUAUGGGACUGUCCCAUUUGUGGACGGCCGCAGAUUGCCGAUGACCGGACAUUCAAUGAACAUGUGGAUUUUUGUCUCUCUAAACAAACAAUCCGAGAAGUGGUUCAGGAUACUGAAGACACAGUCUCGAUACCUCCUGGCACCAGGAAAAGGAAAACACCCUCUCAGCCCAGCAUUCCCGAAACCGAUCCCAAGCAGAAGCGGCUUUUUUUCCAAUAA